AUGAUAGAGACAGCAAUGAAUGCGGUACACUUAGUGGAGUGUGGCAAUGAAGUGAAGCCACUCAAGGUAAAGAUUACGAUAAAUCAACAGAAAGUGGAGAUGUUGAUAGACACUUGGGAAGCGCUUCCGUACAGUUUUGAGCCCGAAUGUGAUGACGCUGAGAGCAGUUCGAGUUCGGGAAACUCUCAUGAAAUUGAUUCGGACACAGGGGACGGAAUCCUCGAGCGCUUGGUCAACUCAGACUGGUGCACAUGCGAACACGCAACUUUUGAGCUUGUCUGCCUCAACGACGACGUUCUGCACACUGCUGUGUCCGCAGUGGUAGAUGUCACUGAAGAUUCCUUCACAGAACCUCUGAAUCACAGGCUUUUGAGGUCGACAGCAUACAGGCAGUUCACACAUUGGGCUCCUAGGAAACUGGGCAGGCGUGCUAGAAUGGUCAUACCGUCAUGUGUAGUUUUGCUAUUAGAAGACCUUUCUCAGAAGAAGGCGAAGUGUACGUGGGGUUUAGGGAACAUCAAGAUUAGAUAUGAUUUUGACAAUAAUGCUUGUAACUACCUAAUUCUAAGAAUCUGUCAACUAAUGUCCCAUCUUAUACAUGCUAUAGCGUUUGUAUGUCAUAGUUGUAUGUUCUAUGUAAAUCUUGUUUUACGAGCACUAACAACAGUUUCCUUGAGUGGUCUUUCACAGGUGGCAAUGUUGGCUGGUAAAAUCACUGGAGGUUGUCUGGCUUUGUGUUUUCGAAGAGGUUGUUGA